CGGAGAUUACACGGGAACCUCGCCCAAGUGUCUCUGUGCUACACAAAGGAUCAUAAAAUCCAUUUAAUGGAGCCUGCCUUCUGCAAUUGCAUCGUGCAGAAGCUGCAAAUUUGUUCUUAAAAAUCGGGUGUAGUCCUGUCAAAACCGGUGACUUUUUCGGGUUAAAUUCUUCCCGCAGGGUUCGGAUAGCAUUCUAGUGCAGUGAAGUGAACGUGAAAGGUAAACAGAUUCUUGAGACGUAAAAAGAGGAUUUUACCAUACAGUAUUUGUCAUAAUGAUCAGUAUUUGGUAUAAUAACAAUGAUCUAAGCCGUGACUGGAUCCGUAUAGCUGGACGAUAGUACCCAUUAUACCCUAGUAAAGGGUUUCGUCCAAAGAAAAGACAUCCAACCGAACCAAGCAGCGCCCAAUUGAAUUCAUCACAACAACAUCAGCAGCGUCGCCUCAGUCAACAGCUACAGCAACAGCAGCAGCAUCAUCAACAAUCACCACAGUCACUGCAGCAAUCCGCGCAGUCAACUUCCGCAUCAUCCGCAUCCACAUCCUCCAACAACGCAUCAACAGCAGCUCGCUUUUCCUCCGAUAGCAGUACAAAGGUUAUGGGAAAAAACGAAAUGAAGCGCGGAAUAUCUCAGAGAUCGUCGGAUGCUGGAGACAAUCAAUCAUAUCGAUUCUUCGCCGGCAUGGAACGACAAACCACCUCCAAAAUGUAUAACCUGUGGAUGCUGUCGUGCAUCGUCAUGCUCCGGAUUCCUAUCACUGCAUCAAGCAUCAGCUGUCUUCGAUGUUUUGCCGCUGUCGACUCUACCAUCGACAAUAAUAACCAUCCUUACGAGCUGCAGAUAAAUAAGUUCUUCAGCGCAGAGGAGUACCGCAGGAAUGAUACUACCAAGGAAAUAUUUCAAAUAUCAUAUUUUGAUGAGACUCGAAAACAAGCGUGUGUGUGGGGAUUGGACCUAGUAGAUGAAAGUUUUAGUAGCUACUUCAAUAGAUCAAGUAACAUGACCAAUAUCGUCAAUCAUAUCGCGAACACCAUGGGAAACUAUUUACGAAUCCACUGUUUCACGCCAGAUGAUAAUCAAACUUGGACUGAUACAAUCAAGUUUAGUUGUUUAAAUAGAUUCAUUUUCUAUCGAUUGUGUGAAAUUCAGAAGGAUCUGGAAUCAUCCUACCUGCAAGACGUGAUUAAUUCACGCGAGAAACGUGAGUUCCGCCCCAAAAGAUGUAGUCUGAAUAAUUUACUUUCAACAAACCGGAAAAUAUACGAAUUUGGACUGGAGAACGAAGAUCUCACUUCCCACUCGCAGACUAUUCUGAGCACCAUCUAUCUCGUAACUGACGUAAUCACAGAGUUUUAUAACCGAAAGUUAGCUCAUUCUCGCAAAAGCUUCUACCGUUCCGAUUUGAGACGUGAUGCUGACGAUACGGUGGUACAGAAGAUCAGCUCGUCUAUCGAGAUAGUUCUGCUACAGACUAUUAAGUAUCACAUACUUCACAAAUUGGGUCUUAGGGAAAGACCAAAUGUUACACGGAUAGCCAAGAAUGAGUACGUGUUUGAAGCGAUAGACCGCGUGUAUGGUAACAAGAUAAAUAUUGGCAACACUUAUGCUGGGAAGCACUACUACAGCAAAUAUUUGCAAGCAAAUCUAUCAAAAGAUUUCUCAAAUUCGUUCGUCGACACGUUCUUUGAGGCAACUGACAUUGGCACCAGCAGCGGCAGUGUGGAAAAACAGUAUAAUUUGUUUCCGAAGAAGAUGAAGUACAAACAACCGACGCAAUCCGACAGCGAAAAACAGAGCCUCUUUGGUGGCACCAAAAUACUCUCAUUUGCGGAAAAAGGUUUGGUCAUAAUUCUUACCUUCAUGUACAUGAUGUGCAUACUCGCUUGA